AUGGCUUCCUCUGGCAUGCUCACCAAGUUCGAGUCCAAGUCCUCCAGGGCAAAGGGUCUUGCCUUCCACCCCAAGAGACCAUGGAUCCUCGUUGCCCUUCACUCUUCGACCAUCCAACUAUGGGACUACCGUAUGGGAACCCUGAUCGACCGAUUCGAGGAACACGACGGACCGGUUCGAGGCAUCGACUUCCACAAGACCCAGCCACUCUUCGUCUCGGCAGGUGAUGAUUACAAGAUCAAGGUGUGGUCUUACCAGACCAGAAGGUGUCUCUUCACCCUCAACGGCCAUCUCGACUACGUUAGAACCGUCUUCUUUCACCACGAGCUUCCAUGGAUCAUUUCCUGCUCCGACGAUCAGACUAUCCGGAUAUGGAACUGGCAGAAUCGCUCGCUCAUUUGCACCAUGACUGGCCACAACCACUACGUCAUGUGCGCUCAGUUCCACCCCAAGGACGACCUUGUUGUUUCCUGCUCUCUUGAUCAGUCUGUGAGAGUCUGGGAUAUUUCUGGACUGAGAAAGAAGCAUUCUGCCCCAACCUCGAUGUCGUUCGAGGAUCAGGUCGCUCGUAACAACCAGCAGCAGACGGACAUGUUCGGAAACACUGAUGCCAUGGUCAAGUUUGUUCUGGAGGGACAUGAUCGUGGCGUCAAUUGGGUUGCUUUCCACCCAACCGCGCCCCAUAUUGUCUCGGCCGCUGAUGACCGCCUCGUCAAGCUCUGGCGCUACAGCGAAACAAAAGCAUGGGAGGUGGAUACGUGUCGAGGACACUUCCAAAACGCUGUAGGCUGUCUGUUCCACCCUCAUCAAGAUUUGAUUCUCUCUUGUGGCGAGGACAAGACGAUUCGUGUUUGGGACUCGCAAAAGCGAACUGCGGUCCAGUCUUUUAAGAGAGAGAACGACCGAUUUUGGGUCAUCGCUGCCCACCCCGAGAUCAACUUGUUUGCGGCCGGUCACGACAACGGUGUGAUGGUCUUCAAGCUGGAGAGAGAACGUCCUGCUUCUACCGUUCACUUGAACAACCUCUUCUUCAUUACUAAGGAGAAGCACGUCAGAUCAUAUGACUUCCAGAAGGGUGUGGAGAGUCCAACACUAUUGUCGCUCAAGAGACUCGGAAGCCCAUGGGUCCCACCGCGAACGAUAUCAUACAACCCCGCUGAGAGAUCUGUUCUGGUCACUUCUCCCUCCGACAGUGGCAUAUAUGAGCUGAUCAACCUGCCAAGAGAUGGCUCAGGGGCCAUUGAUGUCACUGACUCCAAGCGCGGACAGGGCAACUCGGCUAUUUUCGUUGCACGCAACCGCUUUGCUGUCCUCAACACCGCUUCGCAGACAGUUGACAUCAAGGACUUGUCCAACAACACUGCCCGAUCUUUCAAGCCUCCAGUGGGCACUACCGACAUCUACUUCGGAGGUACCGGCCAUCUCUUGAUCAUCACUCCCACUGCUGUGCACCUGUAUGACAUUCAGCAAAAGAAGAGCAUUGCUGAAUUAUCUGUGAACGGUGUCAAGUAUGUGGUCUGGUCAAAUGAUGGCCUGCACGCCGCUCUUCUGAGCAAGCACAAUGUUACUAUUGUGACAAAGACUCUUGAGCAGGUCAGUACCCUUCACGAGACGAUCAGGAUUAAGAGUGCGACUUGGGAUGAUGCUGGUGUCCUUCUGUACUCCACUCUUAAUCACAUCAAGUACACUCUCAUGAACGGUGACAACGGCAUUGUCCGGACAUUGGACCAGACCGUUUAUCUCGUCAGGGUCAAGGGCAGAAAUGUUUACUGCUUGGAUCGUGCUGCCAAGCCGAAAGUCAUCAACAUCGAUCCUACCGAAUACCGCUUCAAGUUGUCCUUGGUCAAGCGCAACUAUGAAGAAAUGCUGCAUCUGAUCAAGACUUCCAGCUUGGUUGGACAGUCCAUCAUCUCGUACCUCCAGAAGAAGGGUUACCCCGAGAUUGCUCUCCAGUUUGUGCAAGACCCAGCCACCCGAUUUGAGCUUGCCAUCGAAUGCGGCAAUCUAGAUGUCGCGGUCGAGACGGCAAAGGAGCUUGAUCGCCCGGCACUAUGGAAGAGACUCGGCGACGAAGCAUUGGCCCAUGGAAACCACCAAGUCGUUGAGAUGGCUUACCAGAAGCAGAAGCAGUUUGAGAAGCUAUCCUUCUUGUACUUGUCAACGGGUGACCACAGCAAGCUGGCAAGAAUGGCUAAAAUCGCCGAGCACCGCGGAGAUUUCACCGCACGUUUCCAGAAUGCCUUGUACCUUGGUGAGGUCGAAGAUAGGAUACAGAUGUUCAAGGAAAUUGACCUUUACCCACUUGCCUAUGCUACCGCCAAGGCUCACGGAUUGGAAGAGGAAGCCCAGUCAAUCCUCGAAGCCACUGGCAUUACCGAGGAUCAACUGACACUUCCAAGCUUUGGAGAGCCUCUGAAGCAGCCCCAGCCCGUGGUCCCCACAUUCAAGGCCAACUGGCCAACCAAGGCAACGUCACAGUCGUUCUUUGAGAAGGCUCUUGCGGGCCAACUUGAAGGCCUCAGUCUUGAUGACGAGCCAGCCGCCGCGGCCAACGGCUUCGAUGAGCUCGGCGAGGAAGACGUUGCAGCCAAGAACAAUGUGCUUGAAGCUGACGAUGAUGAGGAUGCCGCUGGAUGGGAUUUGGGUGACGACAUCGUGCCCGAAGGUGACAGCGACUUUGUCAAUGUCGAGAGCACUGAUGCCAAUGGAGCCGGCAGCAGUGAGGCAGACAUCUGGGCCCGGAACUCACCACUUGCAGCCGACCACGCAGCUGCUGGAUCUUUCGAGUCUGCUAUGAACCUGCUUACUCGACAAGUUGGUGCGGUCAGCUUUACUGCACUUUCCCCUAGGUUUGAAGAGAUUUACAUCGCCUCGAAAACGUAUUUACCUACAUCUGCCGGUCUUCCGCCUCUGGUCAACUAUGUUCGAAGGACAUUGGAUGAGACCGACCCUAGAAAGGUCCUCCCUGUCAUCCCCAGAGACCUGGAGUACCUUGUAUCAAAUGAUUUGCAAAAGGGUUUUGAUGCCAUGAAGGGAAACAGACUCGAGGACGGUGUCAGGAUCUUCAAGGGCAUUUUGCACGCGCUCUUGGUAAACGCUGUUGCGUUUGAAGGUGAAGUAGCCGAGGCCAAGAAGCUUGUCACAUCGGCUUCAGAAUACGCAUUGGCCAUGUCAAUUGAGCUGGCAAGACGUGCCCUUGGCGCACCCGAUGUUGUCAACUCGAAUCCCAGCCUACAGAAGAGGAGCUUGGAGCUGUCGGCGUACUUCACAAUUCCCAAGAUUGAAGUUCCUCACAGGCAAUUGGCAUUGCUGAACGCCAUGAACCUUGCCAGCAGGAGUAAGAACUUCAGCACGGCUCUGAGCUUUGCAAACAGAAUGAUAGCCAACGGUGGUGCCCCUCGACUGCUUGAAAAUGCUAAGAAGGUCAAGGCUACGGCCGAGCGGAACCCCCAUGAUGCUAUAGAGAUUGAGUACGACCAGUUUGCUGAGUUCGAUAUCUGUGCCGGCUCAUACACUCCGAUUUACAGUGGCACGCCUUAUGAGGAAUGUGCUUACGAUGGCUCCAAAUACCAUACCAAGUACAAGGGUACCGUCUGCACAGUCUGCGAGGUUUGCGAGGUUGGCAAGCAUGGCAGUGGUCUGAGGCUCUUUGCCUAG